UCACUGAUCAUGUUCCCGACCGAGAUUAUGACUCUUAUUGCUUCCCUAGCAGAAGUUCAGGAUCUCAGAGCCUUCCGCUUCACCUGCAAAACCUUCCAUGAUGCGGCAGCGAAGCCCUUCGGGGAAGCAUUUUUUAUCCAAAGAAGUCAUGUCAUUUCGCACACCAGCAUGUUUGAGCUACUCCUGAUGUCUGCCAACCCCAAGGUCGGACCUUAUAUACGUCAGCUUGGAUUCAACAGUAUCUUGCUACAGCCUCCGCCCAUCCCACAGAUCUGGAAUGCUCGAUACGACAACAUCGGAGACCAAAUCUCAAAGGUCGUGGCAAGAGCUGCGUUUCGUCAAGAACAGCAUCGUUGUCUGCAGAGCGGUGCUUUUGAGCACCUUCUCACUUUGGUGCUGAGGAAUCUCAAGUUCUGGGGUAUUCAGCCGAUCACGAUACAGGUUUACUGCAACGGUGGUCCUUAUGACGGUUGGGGCUGGCUCAGUCUUCUGCCCGAGGACAGUGACAUCUCAACCGCAGUGCUCAGAUCCCCACCAAGAUCUCUAGACCGUGGAGCGAUGCAGGAUAUUAUCUCUGCGUAUUUACAAGCAGUCAGGCUCUCUGGAUCACCACUUGCGGGCACUAUCCUCGGCUUCAAUUACAGAAGUUCUGGUCCAACAAGCAUUCUCCACUACAUCAAUGGACGUACAGGAGCUGGCCAUCAACUAGACAAUCCAUCACACGAUGUUCCAGGUGGCGAUUUGAUGUCACGACGCUUUCCUGAGAGGCACACAAGUCGAGAGUCAAGAAGUUCCGUCGACUUCAUGCACUAUGUACCCGCCACCAGAUCCCUCGAACUCCAAGCUGGUACCACUAUAGCUAUAGUUGGAGACUUUCAGGCGCUUACAACCUGGUUACCAACAAACUCUGUGACAAGACUAAUCCUUAAAGAAGUGCAAUGGUUCUGGAGAGGAAAGCUCGAUGUCUUUCUGCAGCGCAACAGACAGCUCAAAUACCUCGAGAUUCACGACUGUCUGUUCAUGGACUCGGAGUGGAGCAACAUCUUUGAUGAGCUUUCUUCUGAGGACGACCACAACUCACUGCACGACCUCGAGUACUGCUACUUCGCCGGACUGAGAAUUGAGCAGCCUGAGAUCUACCCCCGAGGGAUUGCUCUUCUUGAAGCUUGCAUGGAGACUCAUGAGUUCAAGAGUCGCGAUCAGAUUGUGCGAGGUCUGAAGUCUUUGAGUGCCAGACUCAAGGUCCUGGAGGAUAAGGAUCUGGAAGAAAAUGGCGGUGACGAAACUACCAUCGAUGCACAGGAUUGAGAAUACAGCCGCGACCCGGAGGUGACAAUGACCACUUCGGCGUAUAUAUCCAGAAAGCUGGACAACAUCCAUAUUGGAAGCGGCGAACGAGCCUGCUAGAACAUUAGUAUCCGAGAGAACUAGUGUUGCCAAUCUAUUUCCUCAUUCCUAUUUGACGCUCGUAUAUUCCCGACUCCAUUGUUGUGAGUUUGUAGCUCGCCUGCAUGGUGUUUAAUCUUGAAGUAUAUGGAUCGCGACAAGGAGCAGCGAUCUUCAUCCCUGCACUAGCAUGCGCUCACAGUUUUACUCUGGAAAGCAUUACACUGAAGCUCGUAGAGCUCUGCGACGGCUUAGCGACCUCCGCCAUCAAACAUUGUAUCCCGCCUACUUGACUCGUCUCUCUACCCCUGAGUGACAACGAGAGCGGUUUACACGAUCAAUUGGCC